AUGGGUGCUUCAAUGGCCACCGGUGGCAGUUUUGCUCCCCGUAACUCUUUUACACGGGCACUCUUUUUGACCGUCUUUUGCUUCGUGCUCUUCAUCUACACUUUUAAACCUUCAUCUAUGGAACAUAUUGAACACCUUCGGCCGCCACAGAUGCACCCGCAGCCAAACAAUUCUUAUGCACCCGAGCGUCAGUCGGAUUGCACGCUCAAGCAGUCCUCGCUCAUGCAAUUGCAAGAAACAUACGAAUUGGGUGAUGAAAUCGAAUAUGCUCGUCGUUAUGUUCGAUUCAAUCGCCAAGACAUUCCCCGUAAAGCGAUAACAAAGCUUGACACGGACCUGUUCCCCAGAGGAUUUGACUCAAUUGAUAUUCGCAAUCCUCCGCCGAGGACAACUUGCCUGAAACCAAUCGAUGUUCCUGUCCCGAGGUCUCCAAUUCCAUACACUGUCAAUGCUUCGGAGCUUCUCUUCGGUAUAUCAACUACGUAUUCAAGACUGACGGAUGAAGAAAUAUCUCCGAUCAAUGAGUGGGCGCACUGGUUGACAGAUGGAAAUGGGAAGUCAAAUGGUGCAGGGCUGAUCCUCCGUCUCAUCGACGCCAGUCAAGAGGAGUUGGAAGAGGCUCGGCAUGUAAUGGCUUCGAUGGGAAUGGACGUGAAAGUCUAUCCCACUGAUAGUUCCAUUGAGAUGGCAAAGCGAUACCUCUCCCUCUUACCAGCACUCUACAAAGACAGUUCCCGGCCAAACCGCAAAUUCCUUGUCUUAGGUGACGAUGAUACUUUCUACCCGUCGAUGCAUUCUCUUCUUCACGAACUCUCUCAAUACGACCACAAGAAAGAUCUCUACCUCGGCACUCUCUCAGAAGAUACCAACAACAUCGCACGCCACGGAUCCCAAGCCUUUGGCGGAGCCGGAGUAUUCUUCUCCCUCUCCCUCGCCAAGAAAGUAGCCGAUAAAUUCGACCACUGCAGCACAAACGAGAAGAUCGGUGAGUCCGACACCGGCUGGGGCCCCCAAGGCGACAUCCUCCUACGAAAAUGCAUUUACGAAAACACCGAGACAACACUCACGCUCAUGCGUGACCUUCAUCAACUCGACAUCCAAGGUGAUCCCGCGGGGUUCUACGAGGCAGGCCUCAAACCCCUAUCACUGCACCACUUCAAAGGCGGCAUGUGGCACAAAGCGCGGCCAUACGAGGGCGCUCAAAUCGUGCAUGCAUGCGGCGAAGACUGUUUCCUCCAACGUUUCCAAACAGCGGAUGACUUCGUCAUCUCCAACGGCUUCUCCAUCGCCUACUACCCGCAUGGUGUUGAUUUCAACCUGCAUCAGAUGGAGAAGACCUUCACUGCAGCGCCCGACGACUAUGGCUGGAACCUCGACUUCAUGCUCGGGCCCCAGCGCAAAAAUCUCCUGUGGACGGGCCGUAAGGUCGCCUGGGAGCUGAUGGAGUCGUUAGUACAGCACGAUGGCUCGGUAAAACAGAUCUAUAUCAGGAAAGCGGAUGAUUACCGGUGGACGUAUGGGAAGGAUGGGAAUCGGAUGUUCGACAAGGACGGUGUGUUGGAAUUGAUUUGGAUCUCGUCGUGA